UCUCCCUGGGCAGUGCCACCCUCCUUUGCUUAUCCUUGAGCUCAGAUUCAUUAUGGCCUUCAGGGUAUACCCAGCCUUCGGGCUGCUGUGCCUCUUCAACCCUGUUUUUCCCACUUGUUUGUCUUUCUCCCUGCAGCACUUGUGACCCCUCAGAUCCCACUGGAAAAUGGUGUUCCAGAAAUCGCCCGAUGGCGGAUGGGGCUGGGUGAUUGUCCUGGGCUCCUUCUUCACCCAGUUCCUGUGCUAUGGGUCACCCUUGGCCGUCGGGGUGCUCUACGUAGAAUGGCUGGAUCUCUUCAGAGAGGGAAAAGGAAAGACCGCGUGGGUCGGAUCCCUGGCGAGUGGGGUUGGGCUGCUUGCCAGUCCCAUCUGCAGCACCUGCAUCUCUGCUUUCGGGGCACGGCCAGUCACCAUCUUCAGUAGCUUUAUGGUUGCAGGAGGGCUGAUGAUGAGCAGCUUUGCACCCAACAUCUACUUCCUGUUUUGUUCCUAUGGAAUUAUUGUUGGACUCGGAUGUGGCUUGCUGUACACGGCCACAGUCACGAUCACGUGCCAGUAUUUCGACAAACGUAGAGGCCUUGCGCUUGGACUGAUUUCCACAGGGUCAAGCGUGGGCCUUUUCAUAUAUGCUGCAUUACAGAAAGAGCUGAUAGAACUGUAUGGGCUGGACGGGUGCCUGCUGAUUGUUGGUGCGCUCUCUCUAAACAUACUAGCCUGUGGCAGCCUGAUGAGGCCUUUGCCGGUAGCCCAGAAGCCCGACCUCGAGAAGGUUCCAGAUCAAUACUUGAUUUAUAACGAAAAAGAAAAGCCCGCUUACGAAGAACACAUAACCAUACUUGAAAAGGCCUGGAGUGAAGGGAAGUGGGGCAAUAAGGUGCCAUGUAGUGACUGCAAAGUGGAUGGCCUCGGAAUUCAUAGCCAGUUGCUCUCAGCGCCCCCCAGAGAGACCGGCAGCUACCGAAAGAAAGUCGCAGAACAAACUUACCUGUGCAAACAACUUGCCAAGAAGAAAUGGGACCUGUAUUUAAAUUACUGGGAGGAAACGUUGGGUCUUUUUAAAAACAAAGUCUUUUCCGCACUUUUUAUCGCCAUCUUCCUCUUUGACAUUGGCAGCUUCCCUCCUUCAUUACUCAUGGAGGACGUUGCGAGGAGCUCCAAUAUCAUCGAAGAAGACUGUGUCGUCCCUCUGAUUUCCAUCAUUGGCAUUAUGACGGCCGUCGGGAAGCUGGCCCUGGGGAUCCUGGCAGACGUUGACUGGAUCAAUGCUUUGUAUCUCUACGUCCUGACGUUAAUCCUGAUGGCCGUGGCGCUGGUAUUGAUUCCAUUUGCACAAAGCUACAGGACCCUGGCAAUUCUUUCUGGGGUUUUAGGUUUCCUGGCGGGAAACUGGUCGAUUUUCCCCUACGUCACAACCAAGACCGUGGGGAUCGAGAAACUGACCCACGCCUAUGGCAUAUUGAUGUUUUUUGCUGGACUUGGAAACAGUCUUGGACCACCAAUUGUAGGUUGGUGUUACGACUGGACCAUGUCCUACGAUGUAGCCUUCUACUUCAGUGGCCUGUGUGUCCUCUUCGGAGGGCUGCUUCUCCUGGUGGCCAUGCUGCCCUGUUGGCGUGGAACAAGCACCAGCAACCAGCCCAGGCCCCACGCCCAAACAUUUACCCCUGCAAAGCUGCCCCCAGAGUGUAAAUGACAGUAGGGAAUAGUGGCUGCUGUUUUUAUACCGAUACUUCUAGUAAUUUUUCCAUAUAUUUAUAAAGUUGUUUUU